CCGUAGAUAAGAGAAGAAGCCGAAUAAAAAAAAAGGGAGGAUCGAAUCCGACAGAUUCGGAGUGUCGAUUCCCGAUGAGGACCGAUCAAAGGGAGUGUCUUUAUUCGACGCCGUCUCCCUAAAACCCUAUCUCUCCACUCUCCAUUCUCCAUUCUCCGCCUCCACACAAUUGCUAUUCAUCUUCUUAGCUCUUUCUCUAUUUACACAAUUCCCUUCCUUCAACCAUCCCCUCGUCCCCCAUCCCCUGAUUUCUCGGUCUCUGUCUCUCUUUCCAAAUUUUCCCGAGGCUUCUGCAAAAUUUCCAUUUGUUUUAAUCUAGUUCUUUCUGGGUUGUCUGAAACCUCUUACCGGGGUUUCUUUGAUUUUGGAUAUCUUUUAAUCUAACUCUUUCCGGGCUUUUUUCAAUUUCCGGUUUUCCCUUUGAAUUUCUUCUAGGAGUUGCCCGAAUCUCUUCCUGUUUGAUUCUCCUGGAAAUUUUUUGUUUGGGGCUGAAUGGCGCUUGCGUACGAUCCUCUCUUCAUCAGCUCGGAGAAACCAGCCAUGGAGGUAAACUCGCCGCCUCCUGCGAUAUUAACCCAGGACGAGCUCAAGCGAAUCGCAGCUUACAAAGCCGUCGAGUUCGUGGAGUCGGGAAUGGUCAUUGGCCUAGGAACCGGCUCCACCGCCAAACACGCCGUCGACCGAAUCGGCGAGCUUCUCAGACAAGGCAAGCUCGAGAACAUUGUCGGAAUUCCCACAUCGAAGAAAACCGAGGAGCAGGCCCUCUCCCUCGGGAUACCUCUUUCGGACAUCGACGCCCACCCCAUCGUCGAUCUCUCCAUCGAUGGCGCCGAUGAGGUCGACCCGGAUCUCAACCUGGUGAAGGGCCGAGGAGGGUCACUCCUGAGAGAGAAGAUGAUCGAGGGGGCUUCGAGAAAGUUCGUGGUGAUAGUGGACGAGACGAAGCUAGUGAAGCACAUAGGGGGAAGCAAACUGGCUUUGCCGGUGGAGAUCGUACCGUUCUGCUGGAAAUUCACGGAGGAGAAGCUCCGACAACUGUUCGAAGGGUGCGGUUGUGUCGCGAAGCUCCGUCGGGAGAUGGGGAAGCCGUUCGUGACGGACAAUGGGAAUUACGUGGUGGAAUUGUACAUGGAGAAGGAGAUGGGAGAUCUGAGAGCGGCGAGCGAUGCGAUCUUGAGGCUUCCUGGGGUUGUGGAGCAUGGGAUGUUUCUGGAUAUGGCUUCCACUGUGAUAGUUGCAGGUAAGCUCGGUGUUACAGUGAGGAACAAGGAUGAGAUUUCAUGAUGGAUCUGGUGAAGAAGGGGUAGAAACUUUCUGACAGACGAUGAUCUUAUGCUUAGGGGAACUGAUUUCUGGGUGUUUUUCUUAGGAGAGAAGUAGGGUUCUAGAGGAGGCGGUUUUGUCAUAAGAAAGUUUUGGAUUUGUGCCCACAUAUUUAUAUUACCAUUAUAUUAAAAAGGUCAA